GGCAACUUGAGAAACAAAAUGAGGAAAAUUGGAUGUCUUGAGGUAGCUGUUAAUGCUGGGAAAAGAAGCCAAGGCCAUCCUGAGAAUGAACCAUCACAUUCUAAAAUCAAGAAACCAAGACGUUCUGAGGUUAAUUAUUUGCCAAACUUUCCUCAAGGUGAGGAUGAGACAUCUCUUGAAACAGUUAGACAGGAAAUUGCUGUUGAAGUCCAGAAGACAGAAAAAAAUACUAGUCUCAUCCACAAGAACAUGGAGAAAACGUUUGCUCUGCGACGACAGAACAUUGUUAGCGGAAGCCCAUCUGUGAAUGAGUUUCUGAAUCUCUGGCCUGCACUGCGUAUGACAUCUGAGCUGUUUGCAGAGUACCAACGUGUUACAAAUGAGAAUUUGCCCAACAAAUUCUAUGCACAACUGGACUACCUCCUACCUCGGUUGAUGACCAUUUUAAGGCAAAAAGCAUCCAAGACGGGCAAGACAGCAGAUACCCUGGCUAAUCUUUUGAAAGUUCAUGAUGAGCAGGAACUGCAUGAUGUAAAUUCACGACGGACUACUGUUAUCAGAGGUCUUCCGGUUUUGCUGCGUGACAAAGACUUAGGAUUUUUUAGGACCACCCUGGUUGAUAACCCUGAGGUAUUGACUGAGGAUGCACCAGUGGCCCUUCUUACAGUUGUUCAUGAAAAUGCUGCUGCUCCAAUCCAGUACGAUCCAGUGAGAGUCUCAGUUCUUCUGGAGAAUGAAGUGGUCACCACCCAUAGCCAACUUCCAGAGGCCUUUCUUGUUUUGUUUGGAUUCAUGUAUGCUCUUCACUUAAAAUAUCCUAAAGGACUUGCCAAAACUUUUGAAUUUGUGCAAAAAGUUUUACUUGGCAUGGAUGAUGGAAAACUGUCUCCUAGCGUGCAAACAUUAAAGAAUGACUUGAUGUAGAGCUUUUUUUUUUUUUUUUUAAUGAAUGCCGGCAUUGGGGCAGUAACUUAAAAACAUGUCAGUACCUUUAAUCAGUAAACUAUCCACACUGAAUUCAUAUAUAUUACGAUUUGAUAGUUACUGUCCCAGACUGAUUUUUUUUCCCCCUCUAAGUGUAGUUUAAACUGUACAGGAGUCACUUACAAGAAUGUAUUUUUUUUUUUGUUGUUUUGUCUUUUUAUGAAUGCCUCAAGACAAAGUUUUAUUUAUCUUAAUGUGUUUUUAUUUAUUAGGAUAUUUAAUUUUGUCAAAUUAAGUUUAUUUUUCCUGAAGCUCUU